CGGACGCGGACGAGAGAACCCGAGGCGCUCUGCUCGCGCUCCAGCCGGCUCGCGCUCCUGCUCGCGCUCUGCCGCAACGCGCCGCACCGGGGAGACACCGGACCAGUGCACGGGAUUUAAAAUACAAUACAAUACUAAACGUAAAUAAAUAAUAUUAGUAGUAAUAAUCAUUCCUAGUCAUAAAUAAGGGGGAUAAAUCUCCGGCACCAUGAUGUCACUGGACCUGAACCUGCACGUGCUGACGCAGGAGCUGUCGGUGUAUCUGGAGACGCAGGUGCGGGUCGGCGGGCUCCUCGGCUCCGGGGUCGGGCUCGCGCUCGCGCUCGGGUUCGGCGCCGCCUACGCCUGCUACUACUGGACCUCCGUCGCCAAGAAACCGAAGCUUGUAUCUGGAGGGAAGAAGUUUUAUGAGUUUCUAAAAGACAAUUGCCCUGUGGUGACGGAGACGUAUUACCCCCCUUUCUGGUGCUGGGAAGGUCGGGUACAAACUCUACUGCGGCCGUUCGUCACUGCCAAGCCUUGGGUCUCCUACAGGAAUGAGCUCAUCAGAGCACCAGAUGGAGGUCAGAUAUCUCUGGACUGGUUUGAUAACGAAGACAGCCUCUCUCACCCCGACCCGUCCACCCGCCCCACCGUCCUGCUCCUGCCAGGUCUGACUGGAACCAGCCGCGAGUCCUACAUCCUGCAUAUGGUGCAACAGAGCCGGGAGCUUGGAUACAGAUGUGUUGUGUUCAACAAUCGAGGCGUCUCUGGUGAAAAGCUGCUGACUCCGCGGACAUACUGUGCAGCAAACACGGAGGAUCUGGAGAUGGUGAUUGAACACGUCAAUAACGCUUACCCGACCACUCCCAUCGUGGCUGCUGGAGUCUCCAUGGGAGGGAUGAUGUUGGCAAACUAUCUAGGUCGUAAAGGUGACGCUACAUGCCUGAAAGGUGUGGUGGUGUUCUCAGCCGGCUGGGAUGUAUUCGAGUGCACCAAUUCUCUGGAGAAACCUCUUGACCGCUUGCUUUUCAACUCCUACCUCACCAGCUGCCUCCAGGCCUCCGUACACCGACAUAGACCUGUUCUGGAAAGCAAUUAUGACAUAGAUCAUGUGAUGAAGGCUAAAACCAUCCGAGAGUUUGAUGAACGUUUCACGUCAAAAAUGUUCGGCUACCCGACUAACGACGAUUACUACCGGGACGCCAGCCCCAUCCACAAGCUGAAAUCCAUCCAGGUGCCCAUGUUGUGUCUCAACGCAGCAGAUGACGUUUUCUCGCCCAAUCACGCCAUCCCUGUCGAAGUAGUGAAACAGAACCCACAUCUGGCCCUCCUCAUCACCUACCACGGCGGCCAUAUUGGAUUUUUAGAGGGCUUCUGGCCACGAAACAGCACCUACAUGGACAGAGUUUUCCGGCAGUUCGUCAAGGCGAUCGUUGAAAACGGCAGCGCGAUAACUGACCUAGCAAGCUAACACAGCGAGAACCAAUCAGCUACAGCGCCCCCUACACCCAGAAGCAAAAAAAAACAACAACAACGAUAACACAACAGCUACAUUUUGUUGUGAUCACAACAUCGCUUGUGGAUAUUGUUUAUGUGUUUCUUUCAUUCUGUAAUAAUUUCUUCGAGUUUCGAUAUGUAGACAUAUAGAUAUGUGCCUGUGUGUGUGUGGCUCUUAAUUCAGGUUGAGAGAACAUUACUUUUUCAUUAUACUGUGUAUAUUUUUAAGUACGCGGUUUUGACCAAUGGAUCAAGUGGAAGAAAAACAAAUUGUGAUUUUCCAAAUCAUCUAAUCAGAAUUUGUUUAUUUAUUAAUUUAUUCCUGCUCUGCUAUAAACCAGCGCCUAAAUAUUUGUCGCGUUCUGCUCCCGAUUAAUGCUGAGAUCUGCAUGCAGGCUUUUCUACAACCAGGCAACCCGUUGAGGGUGAGACACUACAGGUGGAAAGGGUCAAUUAAAAUAAAGAUUAAGCAGGAAAUUAAUAAACAAAGAAUAAUUCAUAAUUGACUUCAAAAGCAAAUGUUGUACCCUUUGAUAUGUUUCCGUCACAAAUAUAGUUUUGACAUGUUUUACGUAAAUGAGGUAACUAAAACACUAUGUCUCAUUUAUUCAUCUUUGAAAAUCGUGUUUUUAAAUAAUAUUACAUUUUAAAAACACACAAGCCCUAUAAUAAUUCCAAUUUAUAAGCUUUUUUCAAAGAAAACGAAUUGUUUAGCAUAAUGACACACAUUGACAUGUCAAGUACUUAUCGGCAGCACCAUAUUAUAUUUAGCACAAAUGUUGUUAUAUAUGAUCAACAUGUCUGUAUUAUUAUGUACAAAACCAUAAACUAUUUCCGAAUAUACUCUUAAAAAUAAUAAACAAACAAACAAACAAAUAAAUAAAUAAUAUUACACAAGUAAAUUUGCAAAACUUUAAAGGAAGCAAAAUAUUAUACAGACCAGUUUUCAGAAGGAAUUAAACAAAACAAAAACAAAAAAACAUCAACAACAAAAAACGUAUGUACGUGUAACGUAAUGGCUUCUGGAGCGUGAAAACCUUUUGCUUCCAAAUAAUCAGUAGUUUUUGCGAUUUCUGCAGUUUUAGUGAAUGGUGAAAUGUAAAUGGUUUUGUAUAUAAUAAUGCAGACAUGAUGAACAUAUAACAGCAUUUCGGUGCCUAAGAUUUUUGCACCAGUGCUGUUUAUCAGAAAACACUAGGGUGAUUUUCUUGUGAUGUGGGCUGAGCUAAUGAUUCACGUAAUUGCAAGCUGACAAAACAUACAUGAAGUAAAAGGUUUUUU